AUGCAAGAGCAGGCUGCGGAGAAUCCUGCUCAGGAAGGUGAGCCUGCGCGCAGUUCAUCCAAAGCUGAUGACGCCGCGCCGGAGCCGGCAGAGAGCGAAGCACUCAAUGCCGAGAAGGUGUCGAACGCAGCCGAGGAGGAUGCGGAUCCAUCACGCCCUCUGUCCAUGCAGGUCUUGCAGCCUACUGCAGAUUCGCUUUCAGGUGGAGUGGCGGGAUGGCCGGGUCCGGCGCGGAGCGCACUUCGAAUGGACCCGCGAGAGGCGCAGGUGUGGAGUGACUUCCGAUCUGCGUUCAAGCAGUAUAUGCUGCAACUAUCGGAUGAGGCGCUGCAGCAGAGUCUACCGCAGGUGGACCUACGCCGCAUGAGGUUCUCUGCCAAUGCCCUUGGUGGUCUGGUGAGUGGACAGGUCUGCAUGAACUUCUUGAGUGGCUCCUGCCGGCGCGGGUUGCGCUGCAUUGAUCACCACCCUCCUCGAAGCCAAUGGUCAAGGUGCCGAGCAGAGCUGAAGCGAAAGUCAUGCCCCAUGGGCGACCAAUGUUUCCUCCCUUCGUGCCUGUACUUCCACCCACGGGAGAACCAGGACCAGGACACUGCGUACAACGCAGCUGGUGAGUAG